AUUGAAAAAAAAAAGAGAUAGAAGUAAGCUAUUAUCUUUUGUCUACAUUUGGAUUUGAAAGUAACUUCUCUAUAAAGAUACAUUAAAGUUGCAGAAAUCAUAUUAUAUCAUUGCACUACGCGUUACUUUGUUAAAAGGAUUAUGAAAUGAAGAUUAAACGAGGAGUACCAAAGAGAUUGUUAGACAUCCAUAUCUGUGAACUACCAAAAACAUCCGACAGUAAUUUACCUAAAUUACCGCCAAAUGCAAGAUUUUAUACCCGCUGGAAACGAAGCUUUCAGAAAAUUUUUCUUGUUUCUGUGGAUCAUCCGUUAACACGAAAUUUCUUACGCAGUCUAGCUGCGAUUGCUUUUGAAAAGAGAAGACAUGGACGUUCUUUAACAUGGUGGGUAAUACAUCCCUGUAGUGACUUAAGAUAUUAUUGGGACCUUCUAAUGACAUUUACAUACCUGUACAUGUUCAUUAUGGUACCAUACAUUUUGGCGUUUCAGAGAGUAGCUAAAAGUUCUAGUACAGAAAGUUGGGAUCCAGUGCAUCCUGCAUACAUCAUCUGCAUAUUUGAUAUUGUACUUAAUUUUAUAACAGGUUUCAAAUCACAAGAUGGUCAUGAAAUUUUUCUAGAUCCAGUUUUAAUAAUCCGGCAUUACGUGAAAGGAUAUUUUUUUAUCGAUUUUAUAUCGUCGGUUCCAUACAUUUGGUUUUAUAAAGAUCGUAUUUUACCUCCUGGACCCAAUUCAAAUUCUAUUUUACUAAUUCCUGAAAUUUUGCCGCUUAUAAAAAUUGCACGUAUUUAUACAUUACGUUUUUACGUGCGACAAAUUAUUGCAAAUUUUGCAAUUUCUCACGCUGAAGAGAAGUCCAUCUGGUUAGCGUUUUUGGUACUGUUAAUAUUUCAUUGGUGUAGCUGUAUAACACACAUCUUUCCAUUUAUUAUUACACAUAUAACUGGCGUUACUAAAGAGAAUUCAGAUAUGUUUCUGAUUACUACCGGAUUGUACAAGAAAUCCGACUUUGAUAUUUAUCUGACAUAUUAUCACAUAGGUAUGAGCAAUUUCUUUGCAUCAAGUUUCAUAGAGUUCCAUUCCUUGGGUAAAUCGGAUACAAUAAUACGUUGUAUCUUAUUGUUGUUUGGAAAAGGAUGUACAAUAUAUUUUAUGGAUCAUUUGAAUCAAGAAAUCAUGAUCCACGGUAGCCGCGGAUUAGUAGAUAUAGCGACCAUUUUACAUUCUUUACCACGCGGCAUUAUUGGAAAUUUAAUGGGAAUUUUAAAACCGGUUAUUUAUCUCAACGAAGAUAUCAUAUAUAAAAGUAAAACUGAUGGUGACUGUAUGUACUUUAUAGUCAGUGGAACCGUUGCCCUUAUUACAUUCAAUGGAAAAGAAAUAUGUCACGAGAAGGAUGGAGGUUAUUUCGGUGAAGCAGCUUUAAUAUAUCCCGAUCGAAGAAGAUUAGAAAGUGCAAUUGCGUUAGAAUUUCGUAUUUUAUUUAGAGCAACAAACAUGGUCGAAUUAAAAUGGGAGGAGAAGUAUGAAUUCAUUACCAGAAACUUAGCUGAGUGGCUUGGUGAUGAGAAACUUAAAAGUAUUCUCAAACAACGAGAUUUGAAGCUUUAUUGGGGUACUGCUACAACUGGUAAACCUCAUAUUGGCUACUUUACACCAAUAUCUAAAAUAGCAGAUUUCUUAAAAUCUGGUGCAGAGGUUACUGUAUUAUUUGCUGAUCUUCAUGCGUAUUUGGAUAACAUGAAAGCACCAUGGGAACUUUUAGAACUUCGUACUCAAUAUUAUGAAAUAAUAAUCAAAGCUAUGCUUAGGUCUAUAGAUGUACCUUUGGAAAAGUUGAAAUUUGUUAAAGGAACAGAUUAUCAGUUAUCUAAGGAAUAUACAUUAGAUGUGUAUCGUUUAAGUUCUGUUGUAACUGAGCAUGAUGCAAAAAAAGCAGGUGCUGAAGUAGUUAAACAAGUUGCAAACCCUUUGCUCUCUGGAUUGUUGUAUCCAGGUUUGCAAGCUUUAGAUGAACAUUAUUUGGAAGUUGAUGCUCAAUUUGGUGGGUUAGAUCAAAGAAAGAUCUUCACCUUCUCAGAAAAAUAUUUGCCAUUGCUUGGAUAUGAAAAACGUAUCCAUUUAAUGAAUCCAAUGAUCCCUGGCUUGGCAGGAUCAAAAAUGUCUUCUUCUGAAGAAGAUUCAAAGAUUGAUUUAUUGGAUAAUGCUGCAGCUAUUAAAAAGAAAUUAAAAAAAGCAUUUUGUGAACCUGGUAAUGUGAAUGAUAAUGGAGUUCUUUCGUUUGCUAAACAUGUAAUAUACCCUUUAUUAAAAGAAGGAGAAACCUUUAAUAUACAAAGGACAGCUGAAUUUGGUGGAGAUAUAUCAUUUGAUACGUUUGAGGAUCUAGAGAAUGCCUUUGCUAAAGAAGAAAUACAUCCUGGAGAUUUGAAAAGUGCGGUUGAGGUUUAUAUUAAUAGACUUUUAGAUCCAAUUAGGAAAGAAUUUGAAGCAGAUCCAAAAUUAAAAAGUUUGUUGAGUAAAGCAUAUCCUCCACAAAAAUCAAAAGUGGUAGAGGAAUUAACACCAGCUCGGUUAGACAUCAGAAUUGGAAAAAUAGUUGAAGUAUCAAAACAUCCUGAUGCUGAUUCACUUUAUAUAGAAAAAAUUGAUAUUGGAGAAGCUAGUGGACCUCGUACAAUAAUCAGUGGACUUGUAAAUUAUGUACCCAUAGAAGAGAUGCAAGACAGAAUGGUAGUUAUCCUUGCAAACUUGAAACCAGCAAAUUUAAGAGGUGUCCAAUCUCAUGGAAUGGUUUUAUGUGCUUCUGUGGAUGAACCAGUAAGGCGAGUUGAACCAUUGAGACCUCCACUUGAUAGUAAACCAGGUGAAAAAGUCAUUGUUGAUGGAUACGAAGAUGGAUCGCCAGACGAUGUACUUAAUCCAAAGAAAAAAGUGUGGGAAAAAUUACAGGUUGAUCUUGUAGUAAAUGGUAGUGGAGAGGCAUCUUGGAGUGGGAACGUUUUACUUACUGCCAGUGGUGGAAAACUUACAGCUGACAGUCUUAAAAAUGUAGCGAUUAAAUAAUAAUACUUCAGAUGUCUAGGUA